GAGGAGCCUGCGCCGGGCGGCGGCGUGGGCGCGAAGUGAAACUCCUGGAAGUCGCGGGAGCGCGGGGAGCCGCGGCGGCGGGCCGCGCGCCCAUGGCGUUGAGCAAAGGGCUGCGGCUGCUCGGGCGGCUGGAGGCCUCGGGGGAGAGCAGCAUCCUGCUGGAGGCGCGCGGCCGCGGGGACUGCUUGCUCUUCGAGGCCGGCACGGUGGCCACGCUCGCUCCAGAAGAAAAGGAGGUCAUUAAAGGCCAGUAUGGAAAGCUCACUGAUGCUUAUGGUUGCCUGGGGGAGCUCAGGUUGAAGUCUGGUGGCACCUCCCUGAGCUUCCUGGUUUUGGUGACGGGCUGCACAUCUGUGGGCAGAAUUCCAGAGGCCGAAAUCUACAAAAUCACCGCCACCGACUUUUACCCACUUCAGGAAGAGGCCAAGGAGGAGGACCGCCUCACAGCCUUGAGGAAGAGCCUCAACUCAGGGGUCUUCUACUUCUCGUGGCCCAAUGAUGGGUCUUGCUUCGACCUCACUGUCCGGGCACAGAAGCAGGGCGAUGACAGCUCCGAGUGGGGCAACUCCUUCUUCUGGAACCAGCUGUUGCACGUGCCCCUGAGGCAGCACCAGGUGCGCUGCUGUGACUGGCUGCUGAAGGUCAUCUGCGGGGUGGUGGCCGUCCGCACGGUGUACGCCUCUCACAAGCAGGCCAAGGCCUGCCUCAUCUCCCGUAUCAGCUGCGAGCGCGCCGGCGCUCGCUUCCACACCCGAGGCGUGAACGACGACGGCCAUGUGUCCAACUUCGUGGAGACGGAGCAGGCGAUUUACAUGGAUGAUGGAGUGUCGUCUUUUGUUCAGAUCAGAGGCUCCGUUCCGCUGUUUUGGGAGCAGCCAGGGCUUCAGGUGGGUUCCCAUCAUCUGAGACUCAACAGAGGCCUGGAAGCCAACGCCCCUGCUUUCGACAGGCACAUGGUGCUUCUCAAGGAGCAGUAUGGGAAGCAAGUGGUCGUGAACCUGCUGGGGAGCAGAGGCGGAGAGGAGGUGCUCAACAGAGCCUUCAAGAAGCUGCUCUGGGCUUCUUGCCACGCCGGUGACACGCCUAUGAUCAACUUUGACUUCCAUCAGUUUGCCAAAGGCGGGAAGCUAGAGAAAUUGGAGAACCUGCUGAGGCCACAGUUGAAGCUGCACUGGGACGACUUUGAUGUGUUCGCCAGGGGCGAGAAUGUAAGUCCACGUUUUCAGAAAGGCACUUUGCGGAUGAACUGCCUCGACUGCCUGGACCGGACCAACACGGUGCAGAGCUUCAUCGCCCUCGAGGUCCUCCACCUGCAGCUUGAGAGCCUAGGGCUGAAUUCAAAGCCCAUUGCCGACCGAUUCGUGGAGUCCUUCAAAGCCAUGUGGUCUCUGAACGGGCACAGCCUGAGCAAGAUGUUCACGGGCAGCCGGGCCCUGGAAGGGAAGGCCAAGGUGGGGAAGCUGAAGGACGGGGCCCGGUCUGUGUCUCGCACAAUCCAGUCCAACUUCUUCGACGGGGUGAAGCAGGAGACCAUCAAGCUGCUGCUGGUCGGGGACGUCUACACUGAAGAGUCUGCGGACAAAGGAAGGAUGCUGCUGGACAACCAGGCCCUGCUGGCAGUGACUCCCAGGAUCCUGCGAGCCAUGUCGGAGCGCCAGGCGGAGUUCACGAAUUUCAAGCCAGUGCGUGUUACCGUGGGCACCUGGAAUGUGAAUGGCGGGAAGCAGUUCAGGAGCAACCUGCUGGGCACCGCCGAGCUGGCUGGCUGGCUGCUGGAUGCACCCAUGUUUUCCGGAGUCUCUGGAUCCCAGGGACAACAGUGCCCUGGGACAGGACCACAGUCAGACAUGAUCCCGGCAAGGCUGGCCCAGCGCUGUGAAAAGUACCGAGGGACACAAACAAAUGACAGCAGCCCAGCUGACAUAUUUGCCGUGGGGUUUGAAGAGAUGGUGGAACUGAGCGCAGGGAAUAUCGUCAACGCCAGUACCACCAACAGGAAGAUGUGGGGUGAGCAGCUUCAGAAAGCCAUCUCACGCUCUCAUAGGUAUAUUCUCUUGACUUCGGCACAGCUGGUGGGCGUCUGUCUUUAUAUCUUUGUACGUCCGUACCACGUCCCCUUCAUCAGGGACGUGGCGAUCGACACAGUGAAGACGGGCAUGGGGGGAAAGGCGGGGAACAAGGGCGCCGUGGCCAUCCGCUUCCGGUUCCACAGCAGCAGCUUCUGCUUCGUGUGCAGCCACCUGACGGCCGGGCAGUCCCAGGUGAAGGAGAGGAACGAGGACUACAGGGAGAUCACCCAGAGGCUGAGCUUCCCGACGGGAAGAAACAUUUUUUCUCACGAUUAUGUGUUUUGGUGCGGCGAUUUCAACUACCGCAUUGAUCUCACUUACGAGGAAGUCUUCUAUUUUGUGAAACGCCAAGACUGGAAGAAACUCCUGGAAUUUGAUCAGCUACAGCUACAGAAAUCAAGUGGAAAAAUUUUUAAAGACUUUCACGAAGGCACCAUUGACUUUGGACCCACCUACAAGUAUGACGUUGGCUCUGCUGCCUACGACACAAGUGACAAAUGCCGCACCCCGGCCUGGACGGACAGGGUCCUGUGGUGGAGGAAGAGGCAUCCUUUUGACAGAACAGCUGGAGAACUCAACCUUCUAGACAACGAUCUGGACGCUGACACCAAAGUCAGACACGCCUGGUCUCCUGGUGCCCUCAAGUAUUACGGCCGAGCAGAGCUGCAAGCGUCUGACCACAGACCCGUGCUGGCCAUCGUGGAGGUGGAAGUGCAAGAAGUCGAUGUGGGUGCUCGGGACAGGGUGUUCCAGGAAGUGUCCUCUUUCCAGGGCCCCCGGGACGCCACCGUCGUCGUCAACCUUCAGUCGCCAACCUCCGAAGAGAAAAACGAGUUUCCCGAGGACGUGCGCACGGAGCUCAUGCAGACCUUGGGCAGUUACGGGACGAUCCUGCUCGUCAGGAUCAACCAAGGGCAGAUGCUGGUGACUUUUGCAGACAGUCACUCGGCGCUCAGCGUCCUGGAUGUGGACGGAAUGAAGGUGGCCUCUCUGUCCUCACAGGUGAAAGGCAGAGCCGUGAAGAUUAGACCGAAGACCAAGGACUGGCUGAAAGGUUUGCAAGAGGAGAUCAUUGGAAAGCGGGACAGCGUGGCCUCCGUGUCCCCCACCGCCAACUCCUGUCUGCUGGAGGAAAACUUCGACUUCACGAGUCUGGAUUAUGAGUCAGAAGGGGAUAUUCUCGAAGACGACGAAGACUAUUUGGUGGAUGAGCUGAGUCAGCCUGUGUUCUCAGAUAGUGAAGCGGGGGGAGACGAGCUCGCCGAUGCCCCCAGCUCCAUGGCAGUGGCGCCUCCCAGCCGGUCACCGGCACUCACCAAAAAGAAGCAGCAUCCAACCUACAGAGAUGAUGCUGACCUGCUCAACUUAAAGCAGGAGCUGGAAGCAGUUGGGGACUUCCGCCACCGCUCUCCAAGCCGGUCUCUGUCGGUUCCCAACAGGCCUCGGCCGCCUCACCCACCGCAGAGACCCCCCCCUCCAACUGGUUUAAUGGUGAAAAAGUCAGCCUCGGAUGUGUCCAUCUCCUCUGGCACCCACGGGCAGUAUUCGAUUUUGCAGACAGCAAAACUUCUGCCAGGAGCACCUCAGCAAGCACCCAAAGCUAGGACUGGGAUAAGUAAGCCUUAUAACGUCAAGCAGAUCAAAACUACCAACGCUCAGGAGGCGGAAGCAGCGAUCCGAUGUCUCCUGGAAGCCAGAGGAGGCGCCCCAGGAGAAGCCCUAAAUGCCACAGCCUUGAGGGACCAGGGACCUUCCAAACCAGAGCCCACAGCGGGGGUGGCCCCACUCCUGCCCCGUCGGCCCGCACCCAGAGUUCCUGCCAUCAAGAAGCCAGCCUUGAGAAGGACAGGAAAGCCCGCGUCACCGGAAGAACAGUUUGGGCAUCAGGCCGUCCGUUUUACAAUCGGGCCCCCGGAGACGAGCCCUGACACCCCUCCUCUAGCGACAGUCCCUCCCGUUCCCAAACCGAGAACACUUCAGCCCGGGAAAGGUGCCGCCGCCGCCGCCGCCGCCGCCGCCGCCGGGAAGCCAGCGCUGGACGAGGCCCCGACCGCGGCCGCCCCGCCCCCUCCGGAGGCCCCGCCCCUCGUGCCCCAGGUGCCCCCGCGGAGGAAGAAGUCGGCGCCGGCGGCCUUGCACCUGCAGGGGCUGCAGAGCAACUGCCAGCUUCUCCAGGGGCCCCCCUGCAGCAGCCCCAGCAGCGACUGUCCCCCGGCACCCCUGCCUGCUGGGGCCGCGCUCUUCCGCCAGCCGGCUUUCCUUGGCCCUUCAUCACCUGCAAGCCCUGAGGCCAAUGGCACCAAGGACACGAAGUCAGAGGCCGCCCCCCUCCUCGGCGAUUAUCAGGAUUAUCAGGAUCCCUUCUGGAGCCUUCUCCACCACCGUAACCUGUUGAAUACCUCCUGGCUUCCCAAGAGCCCUGACCCCCUGGACUCGGGGAACAGGAACCCCGGAAGGGCACACGCAGCCCCCCAGCAAGUCAGUGCCUCACCUGCCCAGGAGCCGCCACUGGAGCACAGACAAAACGACUUCGGUCCCUGGGUGACAACCAGUGACAAGGACAAGAGGACGGUGCUGCAGGUGUUUGACCCACUGGCGAAAACAUGACUGGGAAACUCCGACAGCAGCUCUCCCACAGGAUGUGUGCCUUCUCCCCCUGGCCUCACCUUAACAGGGGAAAGCCCAUUGGUCUCAACUCCCCAGUUGAAAGAGACAUCUAGUUAAAGGCACACUGAAAAAACAUUGAUACUCUUGUGUAGUUUACAAAAAUUGUGUCUCUUAUUCAGUAAGAUUAUUAUUCAGCCACCAAAAUAUGUUUUAUUCCAGACUUGUGCAUGUUAAGUUUCCUCUCAGGGUGUGAGAAACCUCCGGGUAGAUUCAGUAUACGGAUUUUAGGAAAGAGAAUCUAGCCGAUAAUGCCCAAGAAGUUCCCUCCCAUUGAAUUUUAAACGGUUGUUCAAGUUAUGUUUGUAUGUGGUGAGUUUUUUUUUAAUAUUGUUUGUAUUUUACAGAUUUGGAAUAACUUUUUGGUGACCCACCUGAAGGUUGAUGCAUAAUGUAAGGAUUCCACUAAAAGGUGGUUGGGACCAUUAAGAGCUGUACCUGGCUGUUGACACCAGGUUAAAAAAGAUAUCAGAGUAGGAAGCAGCAAAUAGGUCAACCAAAAGAUUAGACUGUACAUUCCUGGGAGCCCUUGUGUUUAUUUAUGUACAUGUAUAUUAGCCGUGAUUAUGUGUGCGUCCUGGGGGAGAUGGUGUCACUCCCUGCUUUGGUUCCGGAGCAUAUACCAUUAGCUUCACCUGACCUCCAACUGCCUAAGUCUCCUGUACCAUGUCUUGGACUUUGCAUGUCCCGUAAAUUGCUACAGUCCUGAGCUCUGGUGUGCUACCAGUUUUUACACACUCUCUAUUCCCUAUGAAAUAAAACCUCAUGGCUUUCUUUUUCUCCUUAUAUUCCAUAUUCAGAAAAAGCACAAAACGUGAAAAGUACUGAUUUUCAUUAUUAUAAUUUGAAGAAUAUUUGUUUUAGUCUGGUCUACCUAGCUGUGGCUUCAGGAAGGAGAGUACCACAUGUCCCCACAUAUAAGAAACCUCAGGAUAUUCUGAGCUAGCUUAUCUACAUUUUUAUUAGGUUUUUUUUUUUUCCUGUACAUUUCCAACACCACUUCUUACCUAGUCAGUUUUUAAAAAAGACAUCACCAUACUGCUUUACAUUUUUAAAAGAAUGUUAUAAGGCCUAGAACUCAUUUGGAGCAGAUAUCAUAAUUUUGCCGAUAAGAAAGUUACUGGCAAAAUCUCAGUGUGCCACAUACCAUGUUUAGGAGUCUUUCAUGUCAUAGAAUCAUACAGCAAUGGUUCUGUGUUACCCCUAAUGUGACCAGGGAAUUCCUGUACUCAAAGCUAAUGGUUAGGAUGGCAGGCUCCUUUUACUGAUCAGACCUCUGGGAUUUCAGAAUUAACUCUCAUUGCCACUAUCAAGAUACAUUACAGAUUAUACAAAAACAAAACUGUAUCUCAUUUCAUCUGAAUACUAAUAAAAGAAAAAGAUAUUAGUGACCCAUAGAGAGAAAUAGAUAAUACGAGUAGUUAACCAGUAGUAAAAGAUGGUGUUUUUUAGCCUUAGCUGAUUAGGACACCUUCUCUAGCACUUACAUGCUUUAUAUCAUUUUUACCUCUCUGAGAAAUGCAAGAAGUAAACAACGUGAUCCUUGAAAGUGUUAGGAGGAGAAAGGAAGCAAGAUGGGUAAGAGGCUCUGGAAAGGUAAAUCAUUUACCAGGAUUUGUGUCACUUCUAAAGGGCAUGGUUGGGAAUGGAAUCGAAGAUUUCUUAAACACUCUUUUCUCCAUAACCUCUUUUCCUACUAAAAAGGAGGUGAAUUUGAAGGCAUAUCUAUGUAAACAGUGAGUCAGAAAAGCAGGGGGCAAGUAAGCACCACAAAAGUUGCUUCCAGUGCUUAAUUUUCAGGUUUCUUCUUUGUUCCAGAUAGCAAAUAGCCAAUAAAUGGUACAGAGAACAGAAUUUCAUUUAAGAUAGGUGUUCAUCACACAAAUAGUUCUUAAGAAUCUGACAGUAAGUAUUAACACACAGAACUGUAUUGAGGCAGGUCACAGGAAAAAUUACAAGUAGUUUAACAUUAAGAAAUGAAUAUUAUUUGCUCACGGCUGUUCAGAUUUAAUGAAUAACAGACUGGAUUUUGAGUUGAUAAUAUGUAAGGUUCUUGUACUAACGUUCACUUUUUUUUAAAAAAAAAAAAGGACAAUUGGAAUUGCCUUAUUUUUUAAAUCAGUGCUUAACAGUGGGUAUCUUUCCUAGGUUAGCAGUAGAGUUGGUUGAAUAAUCUCGACAAUGAGCAGCUGCCAUCCUGGGGAUUUCAUUCUGUGGUUUUUAUUUUUAAUCUUUCUUUGAUGUUCCCACACCAGCCUUUUUAUUGUGACCUUGCAGUUUAUUUCAUUACUGUUCUGUAAGGUGUUACAGUUCACCACAGUAUUCUAGGCACAGACUUUACAAUUCAGCAUUGUCUCCCUGACCCCAGUUAGAUUCUCUUUUUACAGUAUAAUCUUCCCAGACUUCUUGCCAAUUUAAAAAACUUUGUUCCAGUAAAUUAUUGAAACAAGGACAUCUGCCCAAGAAAGUCCUGUAAAAGUUUAAAGUUGUUGAAGUUCACGACACUUAAAAUUCUCCUGACCUGUGUAUAAGCAAGGUAAUGUAUUAAAACGUUUGCUUUAUAAUGAAGUAAUUCUAUUAGAAAGGACUGCAGAAAUUACUUAUUGGAUCUUACUGGAUGACUAGCAAUGAAUAAAAACCCUAAUGUUUAUUUGAAGUGAUAAUUUGUACUGAAAUUGUAA